AUCUCCAUGUUUUGCACCGAAAUAAGAAGACUCGAAAAUCGAGAUCACAAUUCAUAAUAAUCCAUCAAGUUACAGUUUUCAAAUAUUUUUAAGAAAAAAACCACUUUCCUUCUUCUUCUCCUUUCACCCAACUUGGCAACGACUCACUAGUCACUGCUAUUAAAUUUAAUACUUCCGCCUUUUUACUCCAAAGAGAACCAUCUUCAAUAAACGUUUUACAUAUUCUUCUUCUACAUGAAAACCGGAGUAUUUAGCCCUUAAUUGUCACUAUCACCUCGCCUUUUUAAGUAGACAAAUGAGGAUGGAGAUGGAUAGACAAAGAUCCUUGUUUAGUAGACAAAGAAGCAAGCGAGAUGAUUACGAUCGAUUCCGCCAACACGAGGAUUUAAGGAGCAUAGAGUAUAAUGAUCAUGGAUACUCUAGAGGUAUUGAUCCUAGGUUAUUGCAACAAGAGGAUAUUACUGAUGAAUACCCUAGAACAUCUGACACAAGAAGUUCCAUGACAUGGGUGACAUCAAGGAAUGCAAGACCAAAUGAGAGUUUUGUAAGAGAUUAUAGUGCUGCAGAUGUUGUGAUUUCGGAUCAGCCAUUUUCGCAAUCAAAUUCUUUUCAGAGAAGACGAUAUUCUGAUAGUCCAUGUUACAGCAGCUAUCACCCGGCUGUAGAGGAUGUGGUUCUGGAUCAGCCAUUUGCACUGUCAAGUUUACCUCAAAGAAGAUCAGAUUAUAUUAAUUCAUCUUAUAGUAGCCGUGACUAUCACACGGAUAAAGAUGUGAUUGUUGACCGAUCAUUUUCACAAUCAAAUUAUUCUAGAAGAAGAGGCUGGAGAUCUUCUGGUAUCUCAUCUUAUAAUAAUGCUGGACGAGACUCAACGAAGUACAAAAGCUAUGAUGAAGCAAGAAAUCAAAGAAAUUUCAAGAGAAAUAAUGAUCGUAAGUAUCAUGCAAAAAGUUGGAAGGACAUAAAACAAGUUGAAAGUUCACCAAACUUACAAAGUAGAUUCAUUUCAAAGAGAUCUUUCAAGAAACCAAUGACAAAUUCUCUAAAGCUCGGUGGUCAACGUGAAAAUCAAGUUAAAAAGACUGUAAGUAGUAAGUCAGAAGAACUUUCUAUUAAGCCCAAAGGACCCACACCUGUUUCUAAUUCAAAUUCUGCAAAGAUUUCGGAGACUAAAUGCAUGAAAGACAAUGAAGAAGGUGACUUUGCUAAUAAGCCUGUUGCAACAAAACCAUCAGAAGAUAAUGCAGAAGCUAAAUCUACAAAGAAGUUGGAAACGCGAUCAUACAAAAACAAAACAGAAGCUAACCCUAAAAAGAAGUUGCUUCCUGCAAUAUCAUCCAAAGAUAAAACAGAAGCUAAUCUUGAAAAGAAUCUGCUCCAUGCAGAAUCAUCCGAAGAUAAAGCUGAAGAUAACCUUACAACAAAGAUAGAAAAAGUGUCGUCAUCAAAAUUAGAUCAUAAAGAAGUUGAUUGCGAGAAAGGGGAUGAUACAACUACAAGUAAAGGACAUGCAUCAUCAUCAAAUCUUAACGAUUCCAAAAUGAAGGAUUUGAAUGGCAAGUGUUAUUCCCGGCAAGAUGCUUCGUCAUGUUACUUUAGACUGAUGAAAGAUAACAAAAUUAUUUGUCGUACAAAAUGCACAAAUCCUCCAAUUCAACCCAGAUCGUCUUCUUGGGAUGUGGACAUAGUUAGGAGGACUACGGUGAAAGGUCUUUAUGAUUUGCCACAGUUUUUUCUUUUUCCAGCGUUCCACGAGUCGCACCAAAAAAGGGAGGAAUCGGAAUGGGUUAAAUUUUUGACUUAUCUUUGUGAAUCCAAUAAAGUUGCUAUUGUAGAAUUUGACAAUUUGAAGAUUUAUGUAUUCCCCCCCGAGACUACAAACUCUAGCAAAACAGACGGUGGCCUAUAUUUUCACCAUGCUGUGGUGGCUUACAAGUUGCAAGAACUUUGUGACACUUCUGUGGACCAAAGGUGUGGACAAUUAGUUGUGCAUGGAGCUGUGAUUAAUAAAAUUAGCGCGACACCAAUUGUAAGGUCUGUUCUUGAGGAUGAAGUCAAAAAGUCUUCAGGGCCGCACUCCAUUCCUCCCGAUCCUUGCAUGAUAAAUGCCCGUGCAUUUGAGUCGGAAGCGUAUGUGAAGGGAAGUAGUUCCACUGAGAAGGGUGCCUGUUCUUCUAUCUCCAAGUGUCAUGAGGCAGCUAAUAGUAUUCUCCCCUUUUCCGCGAAGGAAGAUGUUCUUACCGAAAGGAAUUUUGUCAGCGCAGACCCAAGUUAUCUGAAAACUCUUGGUCAGGCUCACUCGGGCUGGAUUUUUGGUGCAAUUGCAGAGCUUGUUGACAACUCGAGGGAUGCAGGGGCAUCAAGGAUUGAGAUUCUUAUCGAGAAUAUAUAUGAUAAGACAGUGGAUUGCGACAUACCUAUGCUUUCUAUCAUUGAUGAUGGUGUGGGAAUGAACCACCAAGAGAUAUUGAGGAUGAUUUCAUUGGGGCACAAACAACCAGAUGAAGAUAAUCUAGAUCGUAUUGGGAGGUUUGGUGUUGGCUUUAAGACGGGAUCAAUGAGACUGGGGAGAGAUGCUCUAGUACUGACACAGACAACUCAUUCUCGUUCUGUUGCUUUUCUUUCGCAAUCAUUAAAUGAGGGAAAGGAUAAUUUGGAGAUACCUGUUGUUAGCUACCGUCGACACGCACAGUGCAUGGAAAUUGAUAAAAGUGUACAGUCUGAGGCAUUAGCACAGCACAACCUGAAUGCAAUGAAGGAGUUCUCACCAUUUAAUGAGUAUCUAAUUGGUGAAAAGGCGGGCUUGUUUGGAGGAAAUACAGGAACACAGAUCUAUAUAUGGAAUUUGGAUAAAUGGGGUUCAAAUUACACUUUAGAAUGGCAAGCAGGAAUGCGUGGUGGGAGCUCAUUUCACCAGGGUGACAUUACUAUUCGUUCUAGACGUGUUAGAACUCGUCCGGGACAGACGAGUCGAAAGGUUUUGCUAGACUACCAACUCCGUCCUUAUUUGGAAGUCAUAUUUUUAGAGCCUCGAAUGAAGAUAUUUGUUCAAGGUUCACUGGUAAAAAGUCGGCCCCUGGCUAAAUCUCUCAACAAUACUGCUGUGAUAAAUGGUGAGAUAAUGGGUAAACAAGUCCAGCUUACUCUUGGUCGCUGUCAGGUAGAGUGGGAUGAGGCAAACAGUGGAAUAUUUUUGUACUGGCAUGGCCGUCUUAUUGAGGCUUACAAGAGAGUGGGUGGCAUGGUUCACAGUGCUGAUAUGGGUCGAGGUGUAAUAGGUGUUAUCGAUAUUACAGAUUUAAUGGAUGAUGGGAAUGGUGGUGUUUGGGUUCAUAGCAACAAGCAAGGAUUUCAAGAUUGUGAGGCAUACGCUGAGCUUGAAGAUUGGCUGGGAAAGAAGGCAGAUGAAUACUGGGAUAAGUAUUUCGAUCCAGUACAGCUGAAAAAGGGCAAUGCGCUCUACAAGCCUGACUAUGAGUGGGUACAGUGUGACAAGUGCAGGAAGUGGAGAAUGUUGAAUGCUAGCUUUGACAGCAUGAAACUACCUAAAGAAUGGUUUUGUUACAUGGAACCUUUUAAUGGAAGAUGUGAAAUGCUUGAACAAAAGCCUGGUCGUGGAGUUAUCACGGUGGGGCUGAAAAGAUCAGCUCAUGAUCCCAGCAGAGCUGCUGAUUGUAAAGAAGGUGUCCAUACGGAUAACGACAGUGCUGAAUCAGAAGACAACAGCCAAGAUAAGCAUACUGAACUGGCCGAGGAUGAUGUCCGCCCCGUGUUAAAAAGGCUUAGAAGAGGGCCUGGUCGAGUUUCAAGGAAGUUAUGAUACCUUUUUUUGCCUCAUUUUGUAUCUAGAAGCACCUAGGGACUGUGAUCUUGUGUAUAUGAGUACCAAGGGUCAUGUUUUUCCAGAUGUUAGUAUUUCCCAGUAUAGCUUGUACAUUUGCUAUGGCUGGGAAUUUCUUUUGUACAGAUCACUCUCAAGUAAAUUCUUACUGUGUAAACAAUGUAAAGUUUAGGGCUGACAGUAGGAAUGAAAGUUAUUCGGAUAAAUCUAAUCUAAUCCAAUUCGAAUUAGUAAUUCGGAUCGGAUUUGAACUAUGUUCGGAUUGAAUUCGGAUUGAGAUGUUUUGAAA